AUGACACAACAUGAAGAACAACCUGAAGCGCAAUAUUAUUUUACAGAUGACAAUAAUUCAUCAGUUGAAGUAUUGUCUUCUGAAAAUUACAAAGCUUGUAAUAUAUCGAUUAAUCAACAGUCAACAGUUCGAUGCACUUCUAAUUUACUUAAAGAAUUGAGCAACAAAUAUCCUUUACUAGAAGCCGAUAUCCAGGAUCCUACGAAUAUCAAGACAAAAGAAAGACCGAAUAGCACAAGGCGUAAUAAGACAGAUGCGGAACACGCUUCUAAGAGAGCAUAUGCAUGCGGUGUCUGUAAUGAUACUGAACACAAUUCUAGAAGCUGUCCAUUCAAG